GGCUGACAUAUUCUGUUUUGACAUUUACGUGUCGCUGCGUGUGUAGUAGAUAGAUCAUAGAUUGAUAUAUAUUGGGAUUUGGGGACGUUUAUUUCAUCGGCUUUAUGCUUUGAUUUUUUGUGGUAAUUUUGCAAUUUUGAGUUCACAAAUUCUCGAUCUCUGAAAGCGCCGGGAACCCAGCUCAGCUGCUCUGGUUCGCUUUUGGAGACUGAUUUUUUGUGAUCGGAGGUUUGGGAGUAAAUUCUACCAGGCAAUUUAGUACUUAAAAAUGAAUAUGCCUUUCAAGGAAUUCUUCACUGAAUAUGGUGAGGCAAGUCAGUAUGAGAUCCAAGAGGUUGUUGGCAAGGGAAGCUAUGGGGUUGUAGCUGCUGCAGUUGAUACUCAUACAGGAGAGAAGGUAGCUAUCAAGAAGAUCAAUGAUGUUUUUGAGCAUGUUUCAGAAGCUACUCGCAUCAUGAGAGAAAUAAAGCUCCUUCGCCUGCUUCGACACCCUGAUAUUGUAGAAAUAAAACAUAUAAUGUUGCCUCCAUGUCGUAGAGAAUUCAAAGAUAUCUAUGUUGUCUUCGAGUUAAUGGAGUGUGACCUUCACCAUGUGAUUAAGACAAAUGACAACCUGACUCCUGAGCAUUACCAGUUCUUUUUGUAUCAGCUUCUUCGGGGUUUAAAGUAUAUGCAUUCAGCAAAUGUGCUCCAUCGAGAUUUAAAGCCAAAGAACAUUCUAGCUAAUGCAGAUUGCAAAUUGAAACUCUGUGAUUUUGGGCUUGCUCGGGUGUCAUUUGGUGAUGCCCCAUCUGCUGUUUUCUGGACUGACUAUGUGGCAACACGUUGGUACCGAGCUCCUGAACUUUGUGGUUCCUUCUUCUCUAAAUACACACCAGCAAUUGACAUCUGGAGCAUAGGAUGUAUAUUUGGAGAAAUGCUUACUGGAAAACCAUUGUUCCCUGGGAAAAAUGUGGUCCACCAGCUGGAUAUCAUCACUGAUUUACUGGGCACUCCCUCCACUGAAACCAUUUCAAGGAUUCGAAAUGAAAAGGCCAGGAGAUAUUUAAGUAGCAUGAGGAAAAAAUAUCCUAUUCCUCUCUCGCAAAAAUUUCCAGAUAUUGACCCACUAGCUCUUAGACUACUUGAACGUUUAAUUGCAUUUGAUCCCAAAGAUCGUCCAUCUGCUGAAGAGGCAUUGGCAGAUCCAUAUUUUCACGGUUUGGCAAAUGUCGAAGAAGAACCUUCUGCUAGGCCAAUUUCAAGAUUUGAAUUUGACUUUGAAAGGAGAAAACUGACAAAAGAUGAUAUUAGGGAGCUUGUAUACAGGGAGAUUUUGGAGUACCAUCCUCAGAUGCUGCAGGAGUAUCUUCAUGGAAUUGAUCACACUAGCUUUCUGUAUCCGAGUGGAGUUGAUUGUUUUAAGCAACAGUUUGACAAUCUUGAGGAUCACUAUGGUAAAAGUGUCAGAAAUGCUCCAAGGCGAUAUGCUUCCUUGCCUAGAGAGCGGGUCUGUGUUACCAUAGACGAUGAGGAUACGGAUCAGAAUGGUGAUUUUGAUCAGCAUGUUGUGGCUGCAGUCGCUCACAGAUGUCUCCCUAGCCCCCCUGCAUCACAGAAGAAUAAGAAAUCUGAUGCUGCUGCUGAUUCAGAUAUAGGUCAUUCUCAGAAUGGUCACUGUACAACAAACAACAGUAAGCAGCGUUCUCAGAAUGGUCACUGUACAACAAACAACAGUGCACGCUGCUUACUAAGAAGUUCCAGCAUUAGCUUUUCCAAGUGUGUCGGUGCCAUAUGGGAGGACUGCGAGGGUACAGCUUGCAAGCAAUAUGAAAAUGAGAUCAGUAGAUCGUCAAAGGAGCUGGCUGCUUGCAAGCAAUAUGACAAUGGGAUUGGUAGAUCGUCAAAGGAGCUAACAGCUUUGUAUGCUUGAUUCUUCAAUAUGGAUGGAUGGAAGUUUUUAACUUCUCUACUAAUUCCUGGUAAUUUAAACCUUUUUAUGUUGUGUUGUACUAUUGAUGCGACUAUGAUGUUGGCAACCUUAUGCUCCUAUAGCCAUCGCUACUUAGUGCUGUAUGCCUAUACUAUAGUUGGCGCUUGCUGCUCUUCUAUCAACAAUUAUUAUGUGCUCCCCCCUGCUUCGGUUGUAAUGCUCCGAUGCAGUUGUAAUUAGUGUUUGUCUCAAUAGUAAAUGCUACAUUCAUAUUCCUAUAUGAAAUUCUCCAUCCAUGUUAUUCUUAUUCUCA